GUACAUUACACACAGAGUAUAUAAGCCAGUCGAGUGCUGCUUCUCACUCACUCCUCACUCUCAUCAUGGAGAAGAUCUACAUCCGACAUGUGGAGCUGCUGGGCUUCGAGAAGCGAGACUUCCCCACGGUACACUACGUUUACCUUCUGAUGGUGAAGUGGAGCGACCUCUCAGAGAAGGUGAUCUACAGGACGUACCCGGAGAUCCACACCUUACACAAAUCCCUGAAGGAGAUGUUUCCCAUCGAGGCUGGUCAAAUCGAGAAGAGGGACAGGAUCAUUCCUUCAUUACCAUCGCCGCGCUGGGUGGACUCUCAGAAGUCGACAGAAACCAGACAGAGCACCUUGUCCGACUACUGCCAGUCGCUCAUCAACCUGCCGCCUCACAUCUCCCGCUGCACUCUGCUCAGCGACUUCUACCGAGUCCGACCAGAGGACGAGAACCCACCAGCACCCAACACGCAGAAGAGAAACGAGACGUUUGUGGUCUCCAGAGAGUUGGCUCGAGGACAAGCUUCAGAGAUCUCCGGCCCCCUCAUACUCGACACCUACCGGGUGAUCGCAGACUUCCCCAAGACGUCCAAGUACGAGAUCGAGCUGCGAACCGGCGACUUGGUGGAGAUCGUGGACAAAAACCAGAACGGCUGGUGGUUCUGUCAGUGUGACACUAAACGGGGUUGGGCUCCUGCCUCCUACCUGGAGCCUCUGGACCAGCCGGACGAGGCCGAGGACGCGGAGCCGGACUACGAAGGAGAGCUGUUCGUCGCCGCCCAGGCCUACACGGCCGAGCAGGAGGACGAGGUUUCUCUGGAGCUCGGGGAAACCAUCGCGGUGAUUCACAAGCUGCUGGACGGCUGGUGGGUCGUCAGAAAAGGAGACGAGACGGGACAUUUCCCCUCCAUGUUUCUGCAGAAGGCGGGAAAACGUGAGCAACAAGAGGCGAGACGGACAAACCCUCAAGGACAGAAGCUUCCACCUCGCAGAUCCAGCAUCAGAAACGCCAAGAGCAUUCACAACAGGUCUCGCCAGAAGCUCAGCCAGGACUCCUACCGCAGGAACAGCCGCCGCUACCUGCAGCAGAAGGGGGGGCGCCUCACCGAGCCGGGCAGGAACUCCAAGACCGAGGCCAAGUCUCCCCUGAAGGAGAAGAAGAACCAGGAGAACAUCCCCGAGCGGUCCGGCUCCGGCUCGGAGAGCGAGGUGAAGAGGGAGGCUCCGGCCGUUCCCCCCCGCCCGAGUCCAGAGCUCAUCCUGGAGCGCUGCACCGACGACACCCGGAAGAGGCUCAGCAUCAAGUCCGGCUCCGACUCCAGCACAUGAGCACAGAACACGGAGAUGCAUCGCAGAAUGAAAACAAAAUGUAUCUGUCUGAGGCUUUUUAAUCAUUAUAAAAUACAUAAAUCUUCAAAAACUCCUCACAAACAUAUUUAGUCAUUUUCACGCUUUGAUAUAUUUUCAUGUGGAUUAAACAAACAAGGAUAUAGAAUAUUAAUAUCUGGGCUUUAGAGCAGCUGGAAGGUGGAUGAAAACAAAAUAUCUGUCUGAGGCUUUUUAAUCAUUAUAAAAUACAUAAAUCUUCAAAAACUCCUCACAAACAUAUUUAGUCAUUUUCACGCUUUGAUAUAUUUUCAUGUGGAUUAAACAAACAAGGAUAUAGAAUAUUAAUAUCUGGGCUUUAGAGCAGCUGGAAGGUGGAUUUUGUUUCAGACAGAGAUAGGCUAACUGUUCCUACAGGUUCCAGUCUUUGUGCUAAGCUAUGCUAACCUGCCUUUGGUAGUAGACAUGAACAGGCGUCAGUCUCUCAUCUGAAAUCUGCAUAUUUCUGAAAAUAAUGGACUUUUACAUGUGAAUUCUGCAUUGAUGUGUUUCAACGCAGAAAAUCUGUGGAGCUUUAUCUUUAUUUAUUUUCUUGCAUUAAUAAAACAAAACGUAAAACCUUG